AAUAGCAAAUCGAGAGCCGGGAGGCACUUGAGAAAUCAAAGAAAAGCUUCUGAAACGCCAAAUCUGAGAGGAAGAAGAAAAGCCAUAGCCAAUAUCAAUGAACGAUGGGGACAUCGUGGAACUCCAAAGAAACUCCACCAACUAUGCUAAGGUCGUGGAAGACAUUGUGAAGCUCGAGAAGAAGAUAUUCCCAAAACACGAGUCUCUUGCUAGGUUUUUCGACGAACAACUCAGGAAAAAGAAUUCUGGAUUGCUUUUCCUCGAAUUGGAUGGAGAAGUCAUAGGCUACGUCAUGUAUUCUUGGCCCUCUUCCCUCUGCGCUACGAUCGCUAAGCUCGCAGUGAAGGAGAACUGUAGAAGACAAGGUCAUGGAGAGGCACUCCUGAAGGCGGCCAUUGACAAGUGCAGAACCAGAAACGUCCAACGCAUAUGUCUCCAUGUUGAUCCUCUGAGAACUGCGGCCAUGAAUCUCUACAACAAACUUGGGUUCCAAGUUGAUAGCUUGAUAGAAGGUUACUACUCUGCUGAUCGAAAUGCCUACAGAAUGUUCUUGGAAUUUUCUUAAGAUAAGUUAUGUAUCUAGAUUUUGUAUUGAAAUCUGAAAAAUGAUGAGAACUUACGUUGUAACUUUAUCAUGCUUGUGCUGGAAAACCUGAUGAUGAUGAGUUAAUAUUUUAUUUUUAUAAAA